AUGCGGCCUUGCUCCCAUCACCACUCUUCCCCCUUCCUUCAGAACACCAGGCACCUCCAUCCUCUAUCCCACACCACUCCCCCUACACCCUACACCUCCAUCCUCCAUCCCACACCCCACACCACUCCCCCUACACCCGGCACCUCCAUCCUCUAUCCCACACCCCACACCUCUCCCCCUACACCCGACACCUCCAUCCUCUAUCCCACACCACUCCCCCUAAACCUCCAUUCUCUAUCCCACACCUCUCCCCCUACACCUGGCACCUCCAUCCUCUAUCCCACACCUCUCCCCCUACACCUCCAUCCUCUAUCCCACACCACUCCCCCUACACCCGGCACCUCCAUCCUCUAUCCCACACCUCUCCCCCUACACCCGGCACCUCCAUUCUCUAUCCCACACCUCUCCCCCUACACCCGGCACCUCCAUCCUCUAUCCCACACCUCUCCCCCUACACACGGCACCUCCAUCCUCCAUCCCACACCUCUCCCCCUACACCUGGCACCUCCAUCCUCUAUCCCACACCUCUCCCCCUACACCCGGCACCUCCAUCCUCUAUCCCACUACACCCCCCCUUCCUUCAGAACACACGUGAGUCUGAAGUUUAAUAUCCCCAAAGACAGAUGGUUGGACCUCAAAGUUUAUGACCAGUCUAACACAGAGGUAGACGCUGAGGUUCUUGAGGAGCUCGUAAAAGAGUUCCAUGGACCUUUCCUAGUUUCAUUGGCCAAUGGAGCACCUGGUAACCCUCAGUUCACAUCAUCUCCAGGGUCUACUGCAUCUGACGACACAGUGAUCCUCAACUUCUCCCUGCUUGAGCCAGCUGAGGAACCCUUUGAGCCAGCUGAGGAACCCGUUGCAGCCCAAGGCAGUCAACCUAAAAGGCCUUGCCGCAUCAACUAUGAAGCAAAAACUCUGAUUGAAAAAAUCUUGACUACAAAGCCUGGAGGUGACCAUAUCAUCGAGGAGUAUGCAAAAACAAAAUCAAUCACAGAUUCAACCAGAAGACGGCUCAUCAACAUACUUGCUGCAGAAAUGACGGAAACACAUGGGACCUCGCCGCCGCGGAGUGUGAAAGUGAUGUAUGCACAGGGGAUUAUUGCUCUGUUUCCAUAUCUUGAAGACCCAUACUCACAGAAUGGCUAUGAACACUACUAUGAUCCGGAAAGUGGUUCAGGAUACAUUGCAUGGCGGUUGAAGACCAUUCAACGAAAGGCUUCUGAGGAAAGAGUUCCAGCAGUUAAAUCUCCUAAAGUUGGUGGGCCAGGCCAUGGACGUACUACACCCUUUACUGCCGAAGUCCUGACUGAUGAGGAAGUGGAAUCCGCUAUCGCUGUGUUGAGACAUUCUGCUGAUGAGGAAACCAUCCGUGAAAAAAUGAAAACCACCUUCAGUUAUCGCCAAGCAAUGGUCAAUGACCAUGACAAAUCUGCAGAGGUCUUCUCAGUUUUUCCACGGUUCCUGGACACACCAGGACUGAUAGAGCAGGAUUUCAGACUGAUGUUUGGCGAGCAGACUGCCAAUAAAUUCCUGGAGAGAUGGCCUACCACUUUCAGGGCAAGAGUCAUUAAGGAAAGCCAUGGACUGGUCCCCUCCACAGACCUUCUUGAUUUGAUGCACAAUGCUGAGACAUCCACUGAAGUUGAAAAUGGCUGGGACAGUGAUACGUCUGCCAUCAUACUGCUGCUACAUCUGCUACCGCCAUCCGCACAGGGACGCAAGAAGCCAGGGAAGAUAUUAGCAUCUAAUGCAGUGGAUCACCUCAUCAAAUUCCAAAAGACGGGAACAAGCCUGCAGCAGCAUCUAGACAACAUCACUGAAAGCCGUCAGCCCUACCUCCUUGCACAGGGACCCACAAAAAGCAGCAUUCACUCCUUCUUCAUUGCCAUCGACAAGCACGCACUUCCAUGCCAAGGCACCACCUCAGUCGGAGCCCUGGAUGAACUCUUCAAGGCCCACUUUGUCUUUGGUACAUCUUACAGUCCUGCCUUGAACAACUUUUUCACUUUUCUCCAAACUUCCAUUUACAACAUUGAUGUAGGGAAAACUAAGGAAACGCCAAGAAUUGCAGAGUUACGAGCUAGAAUGGUGCGUUAGACUCAAUUAAAGGAUAACUUAAGCCACUAUCAACAUGCAGCUGUAAUGCUCACACUACCCUGGACUUGUCAGUACCUGAGAUUUUUUUCCAGCCUUUUCUGAGAUCCUGGUCAUUGUAAUGGGGGCAGGUGUUUGUUUACAUUUAAAAAAAAACAUCUUGAUUUAUUCCCAAAAACAUUAAAAAGGUUAUGCAACAUCAGCAGACAACUAGCAAACAGUGAUACCUCUUGAGAAAAUAUUUGUAGUAGGCCUAUGUCAAGAAUUUUUAAAAAGUAAACAAAAGCUGCCCCCAUUACAAUAGCUCAGAUCUCUGAAAGAAAAAAAUUGGCAUCACCGGGUUCUGACAAGUCAAGGGUAGCGUGAGCAAUGCAACAGCUUAUUGAAAUUGACUGAAGUGGUCCUUUAAAGUGACACUGUCCCAUUUUUGGAAAAAGCUUAUUUUACACCUCCCCUUGGUUUUACCGGUCUCGUAUACUUUCAACCGU